CGUACAUAACAAAACAUGUCACAUACUGUAGGAACCGCUUGAAUUUUAAAUUGAAUGUAAAGGAUAUGCAUUGUUCACGUUAUAUAUAAAGAUAUUUACCUGUCUCAUUCGAACGUCAGGCACGAGACGGGGACAGAAUGUUCAUGUUGUUGUCGUUAUCCCGGUUGGCGGUUACCGCCUUGAUAAUUCAAAGCCUGGCAAUUUGCAUGGUCUGGAGCUCUCUCAUUCCCUCCCCGCCAGGAUGUAGCAUUGGCCGGCCCAUGAAAGACUUGGAUAUCAACCAGUUUGUAGGAAAGUGGUACGGAAUCGCAGUCACGCCCCUGUCAACCGAUAUCCUAGGAACGUGGAGAAACUAUCAGAAAUACAUCAGCUUCAUUGAUCAAAGCCAAGGCGGUCCUUACGUUGGAGUUAACAAGACAUCCAGUGAUGGAUAUAAAAAUACCUGUACAGAGGAUUACAACAAAUUCUACACAACUGAAGAGGAAGGGAUAUUUGCCCGAGACGACAAAGCUGAUCCAGAUGUUUACGUACUGGUAAUUGACACCGACUACAACAACUACGCCUUGACACACGAAUACUUUGUGAAACUCAACGAGAGUCUUUUCGGCUUCUACAGCAGAGAGUGCGUACCACGGCGAUCAACACUGAAUGUUCUGAAGAGACUGUUAGACCGUGACCCGUGUCUUCAGGUGGAGAACUUCAUAAAGGUGGAACACGUGGGUUGCGAGGGUAAAGAGUUGGAUGAGGCCUGCAGACGUGAUCCCUGGGCGAAGUUCUGGACUAUGUUUGCUGCACGUGGGCGCAACUGGGAAGGAGCCAGAGGGAAAGGCGGGCGCCGUGGCUAGGCAAAACAGGAACAUUAAUACUGACCUGAUGGAAUAGCACUAUAGUAUCUCAUAGGCUUAAACAAACGUGUAUUCAUUGCUCUUUUCCCAAUCAGAUUUCCUAGCUGGCACCUCUAUCAGCCGGUAAACAUUUUGUUACAGAAGACGAUCGGUUUCUUAGAAAAGGUUCAUCGGUGUUGCUUGAAAGUCCUUGGAAUUUCACUUUUUUUACCACCUAAAAUUUUAAAAAACAUUUAAGAUAUGAUGUAAAAAUUGCCUGAUGAAGAAAAUUCUGGCUUUGGCAUUGCUGUCAUGUGCCUGCAUGUUAGUGUUUCCUUUUAGUGUGUGUUAAAGGUAUCCUUCCCAAGCUUAAAAAUUACCCAAGCUAUUAUUUCCAUCCUGCAAAUUUCUUUCCCGAUUUGGACUUAACACAUGAUAAAAAAACUCUAAAAUAAAAUUUUAUGUGAAACACACCUUAUGUAGUUUUU